AUGGUAUCAGAGCCUGAAUCGCUUUCAAUGGCGUCCAAUCCUCAACAAAGUUCAUCUUCAACCUCACAGCGUGAGCUUUCACCAAUGGAGGAUCCGCAUAGCCCAUUCUUUCUGCAUCACGGUGAAUCACCUGGUGCGAUCUUGGUUUCGCAGCCAUUAACAGAGGAUAACUAUCCUAACUGGGCUCGUGCUAUGAAGAUGGCUUUGGAUGCCAAAAGCAAACUAGGUUUUGUCGAUGGAUCAAUCACUGCUAUAAUGGCAGUCACUCCACUGGAGAAGAAGGCGUGGUCUAAGUGCAAUUCGAUGAUUUCCUCUUGGAUUCUGAAUUAUGUCUCGCCUCAUAUCACUGCUAGUGUGAUCUAUAGGAACACUGCUUUUGAAGUUUGGAAUGUACUCAAGAAUCGUUUCUCUCAAGCUAAUGGACCACGAAUUUCACAGCUGCAGAAGCAUAUUUCUAAUGUGAUGCAAGGAGAUUCAACAGUCACCUCCUACUUCACAAUGCUUCAAGCUUCGUGGGACGAAUUGUUAAAUUUCAGACCUUUGCCUUGCUGUUCUUGUGGCAAGUGCACUUGUGGUGUGAAUGAUAAGAUCAAUUCACUUCAGCAUCAAGAUUGA